UUUCACUGUACCCGAAAGGUCAAAAAAAAACAAAUCAAAUCUUCUUGAACAAUAGCUUCGAUACUUUUCUCUCUCUUUCUUCUCUGCAAGUACUGAAGAAAAAAUGGGGGUUGCAUCACCACCGUUACUUGUUCUGUUUCUGGGUUUUGUUUUGCUCAAUCUGUAUUACCCAUCUGCAAUAGCUCGGUUUGUGGUGGAGAAGAACAGCUUGACGGUUACAUCACCGGACAGCAUCAAAGGAACUCACGAUAGCGCCAUUGGCAACUUCGGGAUUCCUCAGUAUGGAGGUAGCAUGGCUGGGACAGUGUUGUACCCCAAGGACAACCGAAAAGGUUGUAAGGGUUUUGACGAAUUUGGGAUUUCCUUUAAGUCCAAGCCUGGUUCUUUGCCCACUUUUGUUUUGAUCGAUCGUGGAGAAUGCUUUUUCGCUUUGAAGGUUUGGAAUGCCCAAAAUGCUGGUGCUUCUGCUGUGCUUGUAGCAGAUGAUCUCGAGGAAGCCUUGAUAACCAUGGACACCCCUGAAGAGGAUCGUUCCUUAGCAAAAUAUAUCGAAAACAUCACAAUACCAUCUGCACUAAUCGAGAAAAGCUUUGGUGAAAAAUUGAAGAAAGCACUCAGUAUUGGGGAAAUGGUAAAUGUGAAUCUUGAUUGGAGAGAAGCUGUUCCGCACCCAGAUGAUCGUGUAGAGUAUGAGUUGUGGACCAACAGCAAUGAUGAGUGUGGGUUUAAAUGUGAUAUGUUGAUGGAAUUUGUGAAAGAUUUUAAGGGUGCAGCUCAGAUUCUUGAGAAAGGUGGCUAUACUCAAUUUACACCCCAUUAUAUAACUUGGUAUUGUCCUCAUGCCUUCACAAUAAGCAAACAGUGCAAGUCUCAAUGUAUCAAUCAUGGAAGAUAUUGUGCACCUGAUCCUGAGCAGGAUUUCAACACAGGUUACGAUGGGAAAGAUGUGGUUCUUGAAAACUUAAGACAGCUUUGCGUGUUUAGAGUCGCAAAUGAGACCAAAAAGCCUUGGGUCUGGUGGGACUAUGUGACUGAUUUUCAAAUUAGAUGUCCCAUGAAGGAGAAGAAAUAUAACGAGGAUUGUGCUGACAAUGUUAUCAGAUCUCUAGGGCUUGAUCUUAAAAAGAUCGAGAAGUGUAUGGGUGACCCAAAUGCUGAUUCUGACAAUCCUGUUCUGAAAGAAGAGCAAGAUGCUCAAGUUGGAAAGGGAUCACGAGGUGAUGUAACAAUAUUGCCUACCCUUGUUGUCAAUAAUCGACAAUACCGAGGGAAGUUGGAGAAAGGUGCUGUUUUGAAGGCCAUUUGUGCGGGUUUUCAGGAAACUACUGAGCCAGCUGUUUGUUUGAGUGGUGAUGUGGAGACAAAUGAGUGCUUGGAUAAUAAUGGUGGUUGCUGGCAAGAUAAAGCAGCCAACAUCACUGCUUGCAAGGAUACAUUUCGUGGGAGAGUUUGCGAAUGCCCCUUGGUUGAUGGUGUGCAGUUCAAGGGAGAUGGUUACAGCAACUGUCAAGCAAGCGGAAUCGGGCGUUGCAAGAUCAAUAAUGGAGGUUGUUGGCUUGAAACCCGAGAUGGACACACCUACUCUGCUUGUUUGGAUAUCGGGGACAGUAAAUGCGUGUGCCCUCCAGGCUUCAAAGGUGAUGGUGUCAAAAGUUGUGAAGAUGUUGACGAAUGCAAAGAGAAGAAAGCCUGCCAGUGCUCUGAAUGUAGCUGCAAGAACACCUGGGGUAGCUAUGAUUGCACUUGCAGUGGAGACCUCCUGUAUAUCAGGGACCAUGAUACUUGCAUAAGUAAGAGGGCAACCGAAGUGAGAUCUUCAUGGGCAGCUGUUUGGGUGAUUUUGAUAGGUUUGGCUGUAGCCGCUGGUGGAGCAUACACGGUGUACAAAUAUAGGCUGAGGUCGUACAUGGAUUCAGAGAUCAGAGCUAUAAUGGCGCAGUACAUGCCUUUGGACAGCCAAGGGGAGAUUCCAAAUCAUGUCAAUGAGGAUCAUGCAUAGAAAAUAAAGAUGUAUUAUCAUCAAAUUUCCUAGAAUUUUGAGAGAUGCUAGAGGUCCUACACGAAUCCACAUCGAGCCAACGUUUCGAGGGUAGAUCUAAAAUGUUUUUGUACAAUACAAUAACAAAGUGCCAAACCAGAAAUUGUAUGUUGCCAUCGUGUUUAUUUGGAAUGUAACAUGCUGAAUUGAAGUAGGGAUUGGAUUGAGGGGAGAUCAGAAUUCUGUUUACAUCUAGUGAAAAAUCGUCUACCCUUAAUUUAAGUUGAUACACCAUAAGCUUGUGUGCCUUUUUA